GUACCUGCUUUUGUUUUGUAUACUCCUUUUAUGUACUUCCCAGUGGGUGGUAUAUAAGGCGAACAUCAACAGAAGCUGUCAACAUCGGAGUGUUUACGUUGCUCUUUAAUGGCAUGAAGGAAUUUUUAAUAGAUUUUUGCAAAAAUAUAAAAAAUGGCAGAGUUUAGCGAACUAUGUAGAUUAUGUGCCGAGUCCGGUCGAUUUCUGUUUUCGCUGUUCAAUCCUCAGCACAGGUUUGUUAACAUCAUUAUCCGGAUAGCGGAAGUUCAGAUUGAAGAGGACGACGGUUUACCCCAAUCGGUGUGCAGUACGUGUUUCACGGACCUAGGAAAGCUGGAACGGAUUAUGCAAAAGUGUAGAGAAUCCGACCAGCACUUCCGGGCAAAUGUCGAAAGCUUGAAAGAGGACUUGGUGGAAUCCGUUGAAAUGGUGGAAAUAAUUGAAGACGAUUCGGCUUACGUGGAGUAUGUCAGCGAAGAUGACACUUCUCAGCCGGUAGAAAUAGUCGGUACCCCAUCCUGUGUGGACGACCUGAUCAUCGUGGACCCGAUGGCGCAAGUGGCCGAGAGCCAGGAAGCCAAUUACACCCAAUGCUGUGGAUGCGUGCAGAGUUUUACGACCCACGAGGAACUGCUGAGGCACUCGCAGCUUUACCACAAAUCGGAACGCGGCAUCUGUGGCCCAGUGCCGGACAACUUGAUAGAGUGCCGGGUGUGCUACAAAAUGUUCUCCGGGAUUCUCUAUCUGGAUUCCAUGCAUCGGUUGAAUGCCUUCAAAGACCGCCUGAGUUCGGUUGGCUUCCCUGAAGAGAUGCAGUGCUGCUCGUGCGAAACUAUGUGCUUCAGUAGUGAGGAAAUGGUUCUCCAUUCACAAGAGCAUGCCGGGAACCGGACGGAACACGACCCGGCCAAGCCGUUCGAAUGUGAAAUCUGCUUCAAGCGGUACAACAAGAAACAGACCUUGAACUUCCACCAGAAGUUCGGUUACAGUUACAAGAAGCAAAUGACCACCAGAAGCCGAGGCUGUCGCGCCAUCAGGAAGCGUACCGAAAUUGAAAGCUCCGGGGACAGCCGGAAAUGCUGCGGAUGUUUGGCGGAGUUCACUUCUGCCGACUCAUUGAAACAGCACUCCCAGAUGCACCACGAGUUGUAUCGUCGUCAAUCCGAUCCAAGCAAUGCUCCAUUCGAAUGCGAAGUAUGUUUCAAACGAUUCCCCACUCAAAUUAAGCUGGAGCAGCAUCGGUUGGUUCCCUACACCCUGAUGCACAAGUGUCCCGAAUGUGAUAAAUCCUUCCGCUCCAAAUCGGUCCUCACCAAGCACCUGGCGAGUCACGAGCUACCAAAAAUCGUUCCCUCACGAUCUCCCACAAUCUCAGAACCUGCUCAGUGCGAAGAAUGCGGCCAAUUGCUUCCAAACGCCUACAGACUUCGCGCCCACAUGAAAUCGUCCCACUCCUCGGAGAAACCCUUCAGCUGCAGUUUAUGUUCCCGUCGCUUCAAGUGGAAGCACAGCCUUCAGAACCACCUGCGGGUGCACACCAAGGAGCAGCCCUACGCCUGUACUCACUGCCCGAGGACCUUCGCGCAGCUGGCGGACAAAAGCAGACACGAGCUGACACACAGCCAGAACUAUCCAUUGCGGUGUUCCAUCUGUGGGAAAGGAUUCCCCGCCGGGAGGAGGAAACUGCUGGAGAAGCAUCACCAACUGCAUCAGCGAGGCGAGGAGUAUCCGUACACGUGCCAGUUUUGCGACCGAACCUUUACCCGGCUGCCGCAGCGAAAUCGGCACCAGGCGAGGCACGUUGCCGAGCGGAACAGAAACAUGGCAAUGGUGGUGCAUGUCGAUGCGGUUUAGAUACGGCGGGCUUCACAACCGGUGCCACAAUGGGUAAAAUCGGAUCCAAAAUCGUAACUGUGAGAUGUCGCUGAUUUGAAACGUUGUCCGAUUUUGCCCCAGUUUACUCUAUUUAACUCAUUUUCCAUAUUACAUAAUUAGAUCAAUAAAUCAUACUUAUACUGUUGCCCCUUUCUUCAAGGUCUUCCUUGGGAAAGUUCUAAAAUAA